AUGCAUCGUAGGGUUUUUAUCGUGUUGGUUAUUAGUGUGGUAUUUGGAACUUUUAUUGUCUUAAGAAGUCAUCACUGGUUUACCUUGUGGGUGGGGUUGGAGGUGAAUACUUUGUCUAUUUUACCUAUUUUAUGUGGAGGGUUUUUACCUCGAAAGGUAGAGUCGUCGGUAAAGUAUUUUUUGGUACAGUCCGUGAGGGCUGCUGUCAUACUGAACGUUGUUGUUAUCCAAGCUUGGUUUAGUUCCUCGUGGCUAGUCGGUCAACCCUUACUUAGGGUUUCUUCCGUGCUGAUUACCUUGGCCGUGGGGCUUAAGUUAGGGCUCUUUCCAUGUCACUAUUGGUUCCCAGAUGUUGUUCAGGGGGUUGGCUUUCUGGAGGGUUUGGUUUUGUCAACUUGACAGAAGUUGGCUCCCUUUUCUGUCUUGGUGUAUGUAAUUAAUAGCGUAGACAUUCGGGUGUUGGUCUGUUUGGGUGUCCUUUCUGUGUUGAUAGGUGGGUGAGGUGGUUUGAAUCAGACGCAGGUGCGAAAGAUCUUGGCUUUUUCAUCGGUAGCACAUAUGGGGUGGAUCUGUUCGACCGUGGGGUAUUCUGUUAAUGCCGGUUGCAUUAUGUUGUUGGUUUAUGUAAUUACUAAUUCUAGGGUGUUUUUGAUUGCGAGAGAGUUUGAUUUAAAGACCUUAUCCCAUGUAGGUCGGCUCUCGUACUUUAGUCUUGGGGGGAGUGCCGGCAUGGUGCUGGGUGUGCUUUCCUUGGGGGGUUUGCCUCCUCUUUUUGGCUUUCUGAUAAAGUUCGUUUCUCUUAAGUGUCUUCUUGAGAGGGGUAGUAUUCUGGCGAGGGGCUUUUUAGUCGCAGGAAGUUUGCUUAGUUUGUUUUAUUACCUCCGCGUGUCCUUUAAAAGGAGUUUGGUACUGUUUCCUCAACAUUCUUUAGUUCUCUUUGGUUGGCGGGGGCUGCUGGGUGGAAAAUCAGGUGCUGUUACGGUUCGUGGUUUGGUUCUUUGCGGGGGUUUAAGGGUAAGUUUGCUGGGUCUGGUGAGUCUUCCUGUGUUCGCUUCUUUGCUGUAG